AUGAGCGUUGGACGGCUCCUUGAACUCCAAUAUCGUGCACCCAGCCUACUCAAGCACACCGCUGGCGCAGCAGCCGCAAGAAACAAUCUUGCCAUCUUCCAGUCCUCCCCUGGAAGCACCCAACAGCACCAAAGCUCCCCCUCAAAGACAACAAAGCCAGCAACCAAGCAAACCAUCCUGACGGCUGGCGUCAUCGGGCCACUCUCAGGAGCCAAAAACGACGAACCCAGUCAAUUUACCCCAUCCUCGCCACCAGUUGCAGCUCCAGCCCCGACCCAGCCCGUGGCUGCGCAGUCCGCCAUCGCCGAAUCUACUGCUCCAGCCAGCGCACCGCAGUCCACGGUAACCCAGCCCGUGAUCGUGUACGUCACGCAGGGGUCUCCCACUCCCUACUCGACAACAGCCCUCAACUCCGGCGCGUCCAUUGAACCACUUGCGGAGUCUCCAAGCCCAGACCCGAAAUCCACGCCGGCAUCCAGCGCCCAGGUGUUCACGGAUAAUACCUCUCAGCCAGCAGAGACGCCCUCUGCUGAGAUCACGACCAUCCAUGCCACGUCGACGACGAGUGUAUUUGUUACUGUCUCUCGUACGGUCUAUGAUACUCCAUCUUCUUCUUCGUCGUCUUCGUCACCACCACCACCACCUCCUGCGGGAACGACUUCGAGCCCGGCGCCUGCGCCCAAAACCACGGCUGGGCCAGAGGUCGAGGUCUCGGCUGAUGCCGAUGAUACGGGCUUGUUGUCUGUGGUGCCUGUUACGCCCUCUGGGUUUAUUACCAUCACCGAGACGACGACUGUGACUGAGAGAGUGACGGAGACGGACACGGUGACUUCUACUGUGACUCGGGGGUGA